GCUACACGGCACAACAACGGGCAGUAUUGGGUCAGCGGGACUGGCAACGGGUUCAGCCCGGCGGGAGGGGCAGCGGCAGCGGUCAUGGAUACGGACAUCGUACCGCCCGAUCAGGAGAUGAUGCUCGACCCAGAUGCACUGAAGGAGCCGGAUGGCUGCGUAAGCUCUGAGGUUGGGAUGCCAAUCAGUGGGGAUCUUUCUGCAUUAGUCCAGCAGUUUGUGGAGGAGAAAAUUCAGACCACAAUGCUGACAGGAAUGAUGAUUGGAGCACUUGUUGCUAUUCUUCUGGUUGUAAUCAUCGUUUUUUUCAUCUACAGAAGAAUGAAGCAGUCGAGACAACUGCAACAGGGUGUGCACCGAUACAGAUUCCGAAAGAGAGACAAAGUGAUGUUUUAUGGACGAAAGAUCAUGAGAAAGGUGAAGCUGUCUACCUCAUCAUUGGUUGGGAACAAUGUGCCUCGUCAGAGAUUGAGGAAGAGGCAGAAGGUACUGAACCUGGCUAGAAGAAUACUCCGGCUCAAGAAGGAGCCUCCAAUAUUGCAGCCAAAGGAGCCUCCUUCCUCAUUGCUCGAGGCUGAUCUGACUGAAUUUGAUGUGAAAAAUUCCCACUUGCCCUCUGAGGUUCUUUAUAUGCUCAAAAAUGUAAGGGUAUUGGGACACUUUGAGAAGCCACUGUUCCUGGAAUUGUGUAAAUACAUGUUCUUUGUGCAGCUUCAUGACGGGGAGUACGUUUUCCGUCCCGGAGAACAGGAUGACAGCAUCUAUGUGGUACAGGAAGGCAGGCUGGAACUCUGCAUCAGUGAGAAUGAUGGCACUGAAGUUGUGGUGAAAGAAGUGUUGCCAGGUGACAGUGUGCACAGUCUCCUCAGUAUCCUGGAUGUCAUCACGGGUUACCCGGCUACUUAUAAAACUGUCUCUGCACGGGCCUUAUGCACGUCCACAGUUCUGCGUUUGCCAGCCAGUGCUUUUCAAUCAGUCUUCCAGAAGUACCCAGAAACUCUGGUCAGAGUGAUUCAGAUAAUUAUGGUGCGUUUGCAGAGAGUGACUUUCCUUGCUUUACACAACUAUCUGGGUCUGAGCAAGGAACUCUUCAAUUCGGAGAGUCAGGCCAUUCCCUUGCUAUCCUUAUCCAGCAUCUCCGUGUCCAGUCCCAGCAAAACAGUCAAGCGACAACACAGUAUCCCAGUGGAGGAAGAUAAUUGGGAGAAAGCAAAUAGAGCUAGCGAUGUUCCAGUAUCUGGUUUGGAAACAGAUUCCAAGAAUGUCAUGGGAGAUGGUUCUAGCAAGAGGUUUCGCACGACUUCGAUACCCUUGGAUAUCCCAGGAGAACCAGCUAAUAGUAAAUCUGACACGAAUAUUGCGUAUGAGAAAUCUAAGGUCAGUCACUCAACAGAGGAGCUUAGUUCCAGUCCUAUCAUGUCUACCAUUAAGUCUUCUGUGAAGAAGAGUGUUACCAUGAUGGAGCAGCCUUCUAUUUACCGCUACAUUGAGGGCGAGGAGAGCCCUGGCAUCAACAACCAUAGACAGCAGAUCUUGGAGGCGGCCAAGAAGGAUCUCCUGACUUUGAUGAAGCUGGAUGAUCCAUCACUGCUGGAUGGCAGAGUGAUUCUUCAGCAAGUUAAAGCUGGAACAGUUGUGGCCAGGCAAGGUGACCAGGAUGUCAGCAUUCAUUUUGUGGUCUCAGGGCUGUUGCAUGUUUAUCAGCGAAUGAUUGACAGGGAAGAGGAGAAUUGCCUGUUUGUUGCUCAUCCUGGAGAGAUUGUGGGGCAGCUGGCUGUGCUAACUGGAGAGCCACUUAUCUUCAGCAUCAAGACUCAAAGGGACUGCACCUUUCUGUGUAUCUCCAAAUGCCACUUCUAUGAAAUAAUGAGGGAGAAACCCAAUGUGGUAUUACCUGUGGCUCAUACUGUGGUGAGGAGGAUGUCUCCAUUUGUGAGACAGAUCGACUUUGCUUUGGACUGGAUGGCAGUGGAAGCUGGGCGAGCUGUGUACAGGCAAGGGGACAGAUCAGAUUGCACAUUCAUUGUAUUAAAUGGCCGACUUCGAUCAGUUAUCAUGAGGGAUGACAAGAAGAAAGAGCUGUCAGGAGAAUAUGGACGUGGUGACCUCAUUGGAGUGGUAGAAGCACUUACUCGACAGCCCUGCGCCACCACUGUACACGCAGUUAGAGACUCGGAACUAGCCAAACUUCCCGAGGGAGCUUUGAACUCCAUCAAACGUAGAUACCCACAGGUGGUUACACGACUCAUUCAUCUGUUGGGCCAGAAGAUCCUGGGUAACUUGCAGCAAGUCAGUGGUCCAUUAGCAGGACGUGGCUUGGGAAUGCACACUGUGAGCAACAAAUGGGAAUUGGUGGGGAACUCUGCCAGUAAUCUCUCCACGGUGGCCAUCCUGCCAGUGUCCGAAGACGUUCCCAUUACUACCUUCACCCUGGAACUCCGGCAUGCACUCAGUGCCAUUGGUCCUGCCUUGUUACUGAAUAGUGACGUCAUUAAACAGCGCCUUGGAUCAACUGCUUUUGACAGUAUCCAUGAGUACCGGCUGUCAAGCUGGCUAGCACAACAGGAAGAUAUCCAUCGAAUAGUGUUGUACCAGUCAGACAGCAGCAUGACUCCCUGGACCCAGCGCUGUAUCAGACAGGCUGACUGCAUUCUUAUUGUUGGACUGGGAGAGCAGGAGCCAACUGUUGGAGAGCUGGAGCGCAUGUUGGAGAAUACGGCUGUGCGAGCCCUCAAGCAACUUAUCCUUCUCCACAAGGAGGAUGGGCCAACACCAUCACGGACUGUCGAGUGGCUCAACAUGAGGAGUUGGUGUUCAGGUCACCUUCACCUCUGCUGUCCGCGCCGAAUCUUCUCUCGCAAGAGGCUGCCCAAACUGCUCGAGAUGUAUGAAAGGGUCUGUCAGAAGGCACCUGACCGUCACUCAGACUUCUCCCGUUUGGCCAGGAUCUUGACAGGGAAUUCCAUUGCAUUGGUGUUAGGAGGUGGAGGGGCAAGGGGUUGUUCUCAAGUGGGGAUUAUCCGAGCAAUGCACGAGGCUGGUAUCCCCAUCGACAUGGUGGGUGGAACCUCAAUCGGCUCUUUCAUGGGAGCGCUCUACGCAGAGGAAAGGAAUGCACACCGCAUGAGGAACAGAGCCGUUCAGUGGGCAAAGGAAAUGACAAAUGUUUGGAAAAAAGUGCUGGAUUUGACGUAUCCGAUCACCUCCAUAUUCUCAGGAUCUGCUUUCAAUAGAAGUAUUAACAAGAUCUUUGAAGACAAGCAGAUAGAGGACCUUUGGAUUCCUUACUUCAAUAUCACUACAGACAUAACAGCAUCUGCCAUGCGGGUUCAUACUGAUGGAUCCUUGUGGCGAUACUGUCGAGCCAGCAUGUCCCUCUCAAGUUACCUACCCCCACUUUGUGAUCCAAAGGAUGGCCACCUGCUCAUGGAUGGCGGAUACAUCAACAACCUGCCAGCUGAUGUUGCCAGAUCUAUGGGUGCAAAGGUCGUGAUCGCGAUAGAUGUUGGGAGCCAGGAUGAAACCGAUCUAACAAAUUAUGGCGAUUCGCUGUCCGGCUGGUGGUUGUUAUGGAAACGACUUAAUCCUUGGGCUACAAAAGUGAAGGUUUUGGGAAUGGCAGAGAUCCAGACUCGUCUGGCUUAUGUUUGCUGUGUGCGGCAGCUGGAGGUGGUGAAGAACAGCGACUACUGCGAGUAUAUUCGGCCCCCUAUCGAUCGCUACGGAACGCUGGAGUUUGGGAAGUUCAAUGAAAUUGCAGAAGUCGGGUACCAGCAUGGGAAGACACUAUUUGAGUUGUGGAACAGAAAUGGAGUCAUCGACAAUAUCCUAAAAGACCGCUCAAUCGACAAUGUUGCCAAGACACGAUCCUCUGAUGUUACUUGUCCAAACACCACCUUCACUGAUCUGGCUGAAAUAGUAUCCAGAAUCGAACCUGCUAAAAUACUUGCUGUAGAUGAUGAAUCUGACUACCAGACCGACUAUGAAGAGGAUGCUUUCGACACAGAGAGGGAAGACUACGAUGGUGUCCCUAGUGAGCAGAAUGAAGAUGAAGAUGAACAGUGAUGAAGAGAGUGGAUUCAAGCAGAGGAAAUCUAUUUCUGAAAUUCUGAGCACUGUGGCCUAAUGGAAUGAGCCAUCAACUUUGUGAAGCUGCAUUCCUCAUAGUUUAGAGUUUACUUGUUUUGAAUUCUGAUGCUCCUUGCCCCACUGCCUUUUAUGUUAAUUGUUUUUGGCUGAAUAUUGUGACAUUUUGUGGAGGAGAGUGGAUGGAAGAGUGACUCUGGUGAGGUCGUGAUGAACACGUUACCGCCACACUAUAUAACAACUAAUGUGUUUGUGAAGUUGAGGCCUUCAGGAUAGGUCCGUAAUCUAAAUGUAUACAGUUUUUCAGAUCAUUUCAAGUUCGCGCAAGGUUACCUCAUUUUCCAACCCCAUCAACAGAUAGUUGCCAGAAGAGUAAAAAUACUGCAACUCAUUCAGUAUUUUAAAUUACUCCAUUUAUCUCCCUACAGUGUCAUAACAUAGAGUUUAAGCUCAUUUGCAAAGUAGCUGUGUUUUAAGUGCAGGGUCCAGCACGAUUUAAGUUUGUUUCACAAUGCACUUUUGGAGGACCAGUGGUAGAGUGACAGGGAAGAUUUAUUGGCCUCUGUGCAACAUACCAGGAGCUUCUAAUCCUUCUAUCCCUGUGCAAGGCUCACUUCCUUCUUGCCUGGACUUUUGGGAAAUGAAAUGAAUCUCACCCAGAUCUGCCUCAUCCAAGCUGCCUGAAAAACACUGCCCUUUUAUUUUGUUCUUUGUGGUCUUUUUCAUUUUGAAAUGACUGAGCCAUAUAAGACUGACCUGUCUCUGCUGCACUCAGACCUGAACCAUGCUUCCUUCUCCUUAACCUUACUUUGUUUGCUUCCAGUGGAGGCAAUAUGAGUCAGUGGGUCUCAGAUUAAAGAGGACAGUACUUGUUCCCCACCUUCCAAGCCCCCUCUGGUCACCUGCUCAUGAUUUGUCACUCGUAACCAUGACACUGUUCCUGUCAAAGAACCAACUUUGACUGGAGAAUUCCCUUUCUCCUCCAUGGAACGACAUGUCGGAAUGGGAAGUCGAAUUGAAAUGGGUGGCCACCGGUAAGUCCUGCCUUUUGUGGCAGCCGGAACAAAGAUGCUCAACAAAGCAGUCCCCCAAUCUAUGUCAGGUCUCACCAGUGUAGGGGAGGCUAGACCAGGAGCACCAGACACAGUAGAUGACCCCAACAGGCUCGCAGGUGAAGCGCUGCUCAUCUGGAAGGACUAUUUGGGGCCCUGAAAGAUGGUGAGGGAGGGUGUGUAGGGGCAGGUGUAGCACUUGUCUCCUUGCAAGGAGGGGAGGGGUGAGUGGACAACGGAGUCACAUAGAGAGUGAUCUCUGUGAAAAGCAGAGAAUGGGGGGGGGGGAGGUAGAAGAGAUGUGCUUAAGUGGUAGGAUCCCAUUGUAAAUGGGGUAAGUUAUAAUCUGGGAUGUAGUUGAGGACAAGGGGAAUCCUAUCCCUUUUAAGAUGGUUGGAAUAGAGGAGCUGCGGUGAGAGUGGCAUUGAUGAUAGUUGAAGAGAAACCCUCUUCUUUGAAGAAGGGGGAUAUAUCUGAUGUUCUGGAGUAGAAAGAUUCCUCCUGAGAAUAGAUGCAGCAGAGAUGGAGGACUGAGAAAACAGAAUAGCAUCUUUAUAAAUGAUACUGCGGGAAUAGUCAUGAUAGUUGUGAAAGUCAGUAGGUUUAUAAAAUAUAUUGCAGAUAAUCUGUCUCCAGAGAUGGAGGUGAGAGGGGAAUCAGAGAUGGACCAAAACAUUUUAGGGCAGAGUGGAUGUGGGAUGUAGGAGGCAGAGUUAAUGAAAUUGACGAGCUCAGCUUGGGUGCAGGAAGGAAUAUUGAUGCAGUCAUCAAUGAAGAGUUGAAGAGCAUUCAAAGGAUUGAAGGUGCAGGGUUGGAACAUGGGCUGUUCCACAUAGCCGACCAAAAAGCUGGCAUAGUCAGGGCCCAUGCAGGUGUUCAUGGCUACACCUUGGAUUUGGAGAAAAUGGGGUAAGUUGAAAGAGAAAUUGUUAAAGGUGAGAACUAGUUUCUCCAGACAGAGGAUGGUGGUGGUGGAGGGGAACUGAUUGGGUCUGCUGUCUAGAAAGAAUCGGAGACCUUUAAGGCCUUUGUGAUUGGGGAUAGACGUGUAUAAGGACUGAACAUGUAUAAUGAAAGUGAUGCAAUCAGGGCCAGUUAUUGAAGACAUCAAGAAGUGUCACGGAUGAAGGUGGGAAGGGACUCCCCAGUCUGGGCAGGGCAGACUGCAAAUGGGCUGAACACUGAUUACAUUUCAUGUAUUGUCCUUUGUCCUUGCUGUUUGAAGGUUCAUUUCCACACUAAGCUGUUCCUUGGAAGAGUAAUUGUACGUAAAAUAGAGAUGAUUGGUCAGUGUCCUGCUUUAUGUCCACCACACACAGUGUGAGAUCCUUUGUGAUUGAUGGGUAAAAUUCACCUUUGACUCCAGAUCAGCUCAACCCAGACUCGAGUUGGUAGCGGGGGGAGUUGUUUAGUUGACUGAAUAACAAGCAAAAUAGUACAAGGAAUCUAAAAAUCAUUGUGACUAAUUGGCAGCCUUAACUCUGCUCCAAUGCCUCGUUUUCUCUGUGUCCUCUCCUCAUCUAACUGUGCCCUACAGUCGGAUCAACAGAGUAAUCAUUCAGUACAUGAACUGCUUUAACAUUGUAUAGCAUCCCAGUAUAUCGAGAGCUGGGAAUCUACCUCAUAUUGCAGCCAGUCUGAAACACUAGGGGUUAAUUACCCAUCAGUAUCCCAUGUUCAUCCACUUUACAUGACAGACAUUGGCCAGAGAUUUGAAUGUCUUCAGUGAUCAGAAUUAAUGGGACUUAGUGAGUGCAGAUGCAGCCAUUGCCUUCACCAGUUUCACGCCCCCACCGCCAGUAAUCGACUCCAAUCACCCCUCAGACAGGAUGGCCCAUGGCAUCUGCUUCUAUUCAGCUCACUUUGGAACCUCCAGUCGAAUGGGGCAGAGGGGGGAGCUCUCUUUAACACAAUGACACUUACACCUUAAAGCAAUGGACAUCCCAUUGCAGCUUUCCCUGAUUCCUUGCAAACUGGAGAUCAGCCUGCUGAUAUAUUGCCUGUGGGACUGAGUGAAUAGAUGUGUUUACCUUCCAGCAACUGUGAUUUACAGUGUGCUGGGGCUGAGUGUGUCUGUGCAGAUAUCACACUGAGACAACUGUUCAUCUUCUGUCACAGGAGCCUGGUGAAUAGGAUGAAGCUGCAGGGAGUCUUGGCAAUUAUAUUGCUCGUGCGUAUAUUAGUUGUUUUUUUAAAAAAAAGGUGUUAAGACAUAGCACUAAAGUCUACACAUUAGCCAUUAAUGGUGAACCUUGGCAGGGCACCAUUCCGUCAGUGGAAAGGGAAUGUCACGUUGGACAAAUCGCCUCUCUGGAAAACAUAAUCAGAGUCCUAAAACAAGUGGAAGAUUUAAUGGGAGCAGCAGAGAUGCAAAACAUAAAGCCAAAUAGACUGCUUUGUGAAGCACAGUCACAGGGAAUAUGUGUCCUUCUGUGCAGCCAUCCCAGCUCUGGCUGGGUAAAGGAAUUUUUUUAAAUUUUGUUGCAAUAAUCAAUGCAAUAUUUAUCAUUAUUGAAUCGUAGCUGGUGCAGAGGUUGGUGGACAUUAAUUGGUGUCUAGUGCCUUGACAAUGGAAGAAUGACCCCUCUCUCAUUCAAGGCUGAUCAUAAAAAGCAAGGAAGGUUCCAAUUUGUGCUUAUUCUACCAAUUAUGGAUUAUAGAACAUUUAGUCCACUUUUAAUUGAUUUGUGCUAAUUUUUUUUCUUUCUAUAAGGCAUGAUGUGCAGGGGAAGGGCAUGCCCUCACUUUUAAGCAAUGGCUUAGGGGUCUUAUUAAUCAUGGACCAGACUCCUAGGUUAAAGUGAAAAAUACAGUCAAGCUCUGCAAAGUGAAUGGGCUACAUAUGGACCUCCUUUGAUCUAAAUCAAGUGGAAAGCUUAACGGGAGCAGCAAAGAUGCAAAACAAAAAACAAAAAAAACUGCUUUGUGAGGCGCCGUCACAGAGAAUUAGUGUCCUCAUGUGCAGCCAUCCCAGCUGCAUUAUCUGCCCACCUCCUGCCAAAGUGUCUGAGAAUGUGGCGUCUAUAAACAAAAAAUGUGUUGGAGCCAUGUGGCCCAAUUGCCAACAAGCUAGCUGUCGGGUACAUCAGUGGUAGAGAAGCUCAGUCUGGUUCUCCUGCUGAAGGAAGGCUUGUCCGUUUACCAUCUGACCCCAUGCAGCGAGCUGAGUCUUGAAUGUCUGAACUCUUUGACAGCAAGCAGUGUGCAGAGAAUUUUCCAAGAUAGAGAGAAAUCCAUUAGCGUUAUUAGGAGGAGGAUGAGGAUAGGGAAAAAGGGAAAAAUAAACACCAGUUAAUAUCCAGCGUACCUCAGCUCUUUUUUUGUAUUUAACAUUCUAUCUUGUCUAGUCUCUGUAAACCCCAGCAAAUAACAUUGUCCCGUUGUGUAUUUACUACUUGAGUUUGAAGGAAAGAGAUGAAUGUCAUCUGUUACCUGUAGAAGGAUGGACUGUUAGCUCUUUAAUCCAUGAGAAUAUUUAUUGACAAUAAAUACCAUGUAUAUUCUUGUGUGGCAUUCACAAGUUCUGCAUUGUUAGUGGAUCAGCUAGCAUGUUGUGGCCUGCUUGUGCCUAUUUUUCAAAUCCAAUUCAAAUCUGCUACAUUACAGUUGGGCUGCAGUGGCACUGGCCUGUUUUGGGGAGUUGGAACCCCUGCAUUGCACAAAUCCAGUGAAUGAAGUAAAGGAAAGUAAGAUUGAUGUUAGACAUGGCUUUCCAGUGGUGACCAUUAACCUUCUCAGGUGGGAGCCAAGAAUUAAGUCUAGUCAUGCUGGUUGUGGUGCCAUCAGAAUCAAUCUGCUCCAUCUGUCUAAGCUCAUAAGGACUUGAACAAUAUACCAACGUAUGGUACAGCCAGCAAAAACUGUACCCUAGUUGUAACCUGUCCCUUGAGCUGCCUGUUUGGUUUAGAGUAGUAGAAUUCUCCUCUGUGUCAAAGAUCAAGGAUUCACUAGAUUACUUUUUUAGUCCAAAGAACAGGCAAAUCAUCGUUAUUGUAAUUCGUCCCUCAGAUUAGUUUUAACUGAACAUCCAGUCCUCAUGGCCUUAUCAAAGACAACAGCAUUCUCCCGGGUUCUGGUCAACUUCUUCACCCAACAUCCUCAAAACAUGUUAUCUCACCAUUUAGCUCAGACUGGCUAAUGCUUGCCAGCGAGUCGCCUGUAACUGCCAAGGUCCUGAGAGGAGAGGGAAGUAGCAAAAGGAAACAUUAGCUUUAACCAUGCAGGAGAGUUCCAAAAACCUGGCUAACAUUUACCACCGGAUGGAUUCUGGGUUGUACUGUGCAGCAUUUUAUAAAUGGAACAAAAAUGUAGUCAGACUUUUGUUAGACAAAAGCUUUCCCACAAUAUAUUGUCCACUAUUAUCAGAGUUUACAUAGCUAUUUCUUGUAUGAAGUCUGUAUGUAAUUAACAUGUGAUUUACCUUCAGUGUUUACGCUGAGCAUACGUGCCUUUUAGAUCCAUUAAAGAUGAGAUCUUCAUUGUUCCUU